AUGGAAGAAGAUUCACCAUCCCAUAGAGCUCAAAAAACAACUGCCUGGAAAUCGCAAAAAAGGCCUAAUGUUCACCCGUGGCCAGGUCAACCGCCCGGUAUGAAGAACCUCAUUGAGAAUGUCUGGCACAUUUUGCAAAUGAAUAUUGCAAAAAGACCUGAGAAGCCCUCGAAUAAAAAAAGCGGUAUUUGCCGAAGAAACCACACUAAUAGGGAUUUAAAUUAUUCGUGCUUAGUUGCCCAAGGGGCCAUGACUAUAAUUUUGAAAUUUAUUCAGGUGUUCCUGAUACCCAAAGACUACCAAAUGAACUCGACCUGGGAGUAG